AUGUACCAUCCGACGUCACUCUACUAUUCAACUACACCACCUUCCUGCACUGAAAACAACAGUUGCAUUGAUUUCGGAAUUUAUGGAAUUGAACAGAAUGACUGCUAUUUGGAUUUGAACUGUAUUGAGCCAUCGUUGGUACCUGAAGAAGAGCAAACAUAUGUCUGUGCCACUGCUGCAUGUAACAAUAUUAUUACAACAACGAGUAAUACUAACGAAACAGUAGUGACAGACACUACGAAUCAGGUGACCAGCCGGACUUCACGUCGGACGAUCAGGAAAAAGCGCCCAAAAAAGGAUCCAAAUGAACCUCAAAAGCCUGUUUCAGCAUAUGCUUUAUUUUUCCGUGAUACACAGGCUACCAUAAAAGGAAGGAGUCCAAAUGCUAGUUUUGGAGAAGUCUCGAAAAUUGUAGCAUCAAUGUGGGAUUCGUUAGAUUAUCAUGCAAAGAGCCUGUACAAACAGAGAACAGAAAUGGCUAAAAAAGAUUACUUAAAAAAGCUUGCUGCUUAUCGUGCCCAGCAAAUAUCACAGAAUGAAACAGUUGGACCGGUACCGGAACUAGAAAAAGGAGAACUACCAGCAAUGGAAAUAAUGAAUUCUGCAAAUUCAUCAAGUGAAAAACAAGAAGUAUCUACUGCAAUAGGUGAAAUGACUCUAGCAAAUUUAAUAGCUCGUCCACCCUCAACAAACUUUGCAUCGUUUUAUCUCCAUCACCGUGAUGUAAAUCAACAUCAGACAUUAAUCCAUCAGUAUCCAAUUCUCGACUUCGAUUUCGUCCCUUUGAUUAUUGAAGUGAUUGGCAUUAUAGCUACUGUAGCUAUGUGUCUUCUGAUGCAUUUCAUUAUGCAGAAAUUCUACGAAGAUGCUGAUCGGCCAACAUUUCAUCAUUUAAUCCAUAAUCAGUAUUACAGUAAACAACUGGAUAAAUUUUUGAAUGAACAAGAUAAAAAGAACGCAACGGCACGUGAUCUAUUCUCGAAUAAACGUGAUACCGUAAAAUUCAUACGUGAAUGUUUGUCUUGUAUAUUGAAAGCAUGUAUAUGGCAUUUUUUUGGAGUAUUCAGUUUACAAAAUCUAAAAAUUUUGAAUUGA